UAAAUCUGUACCUUCUCCCAAAAUAGAGGUUAAAUAACAUAGUGCAUUUCAACUUACCUAAUGAUAUUUUUUACAUUUAUGCACAAAAAUCGUAAAAUGCAGCUUAUUAAGACCUCUUGCGACAGGGUAACUUUCCUGCAUUCGCUGUGUCUCGAGAACGUUUAUACCCUUAGACCACUGUAAACAGAGGACUUUUCUUCUAUUCAGGCUAUAUUUCAUGCAUUUUAAGACAAGAAGGAAGAAGAAAUGGAUCAAGAAAGUGAUAAUGAAAAUUCUCGUGUGAAUGGAAGUGAUAGUAGCGAGGAUAAAGAUAACAGUAAAAAUAAGACUGAAAAAACAGAAAAACAAGACACUGUAGAAUCUAAAAAAGAGGAUUCCUCAGAAAGUAAAUCUGAAAAGACUGAAAUAAAUGAUAAUUCAGAGGAAAUGGAAACAGAUAGUCCUAAAAAAUCUACCAAAAAAACUGAGGAGACUAAAAGUAAAAAGAAAAAAGAAGUAAAGAAAGAAGAUGAGGAAGAUGAGGAAGAUGAUGAAGAUUCAGAACCAAAAUUGGGUUUAUUAGAACAGCCAGUAGUAAUAGAAUCUGGGAAAAGAGAGAAAAGGAAAGUAGAAAGACUAAGUAUGACAGAAGCUUAUAACACUCCAAAUCAACCUAAAGAAGUAGAUAUACCUGAGGGUGUUGGAGAGAAAUUGGGAGAUAUUCCAAGAGUGGAGUUUCAGAUAAACAAAUUUAAAGCUGAAGAUCUGAAGACAUUACAUCGGGUUUUAUUUGGAAAAAUUACAGCUGCAACAAAAGUGAAGAAAAAUAUACGACUAUUUACUGGAUUUGAAUUUAAGAAAGAUGACAAAGAAUAUAAAAAGAGACGAGAUAUGCUCCUUAAUCGAAAUUUUCAUAUGCCCAUGUUGAAAGUUGUUUGUGAAGUACUAGAUUUAGAAAAGAAAGGAACAAAAGAUGAAGUAGCUGAAAGAGUAAUGGCUUUUUGUAUGGAACCAAAAUCCACAGGGAAAAAAGUACCACAGUCAAAGAAGCGAAAACGAUCAGAAACAAAAGGAAAAGGUGACAAGAAAAAAACCAAGAAAGACAGUAAAUCUUCUAAGAAAAAGAAAUCAAAAGAAAAAGUGAAAGGGUCAGAUGAUGAAGAUGAUGAGGAGGAGGAGGAAGAAGAGAAAUCAGAGGAAGAGGAGGUCGAUGAUGAGGAGGAAGAAGAAGAAAAAGAAGAAAGUGAGGAAGAAGAGGUGGAGGAGGAACCUGAAGAGGUAAAAGCACCUAAAAAGAAAAAAGCAAAGAAAGAAACCCCUGCAAAGAAACCAGCUCCAGCUAAAAAGGAAACAAAGAAAAAAGAAAAACCUACACCUCAAAAGAAAAAAGAAUCAGAAUCAGAAGAGGAAAGUGAACAGAGUUCAGAUGAUGAAGAACCACUUGUUAAAAAAGCACCUUCAGCUCCAACAAAUGAUGAAUUAAAGAAAUUAGUGAAGAAAAUUUUAGAUGGGGCCAAUUUAGAACAGGUUACAAUGAAAACUGUAGUAAAACAGGUUUAUGAUAAAUUUCCAACUUUUGAUCUGUCAGAUAGGAAACAAUUCAUUAAAAGCACAGUAAAACAGUUUUUAUCGUGAAACAGUGAAGAUUGUUCAUACAUCACAAUUCAUCAAAGAGAGAAAUAACACUGAAGAGGAUUGAACUGAGGGGGCAGCAAACUCUGUAAAUUUGUGCUAUACAUUUAGCUUUUAUUGUAUCAUCUGUUGUUUUUAACCAAUGUUUUAUCAUCAUCAGCUUAUCAUUCUCGUUCAUCAUUUUACUCAUUCAUGUCAUUGUGUCACCAAUUAUUCAUUGUAUAGAAGAAACAUGAAUCAAAUUACCAUGUCUUAAAGGCAAAGUAUGAUUAUCUUAGCUGGAAAAUUCUAAUCAUGUGACCAGGGCAAUAUUGAUCAUGUGGUACCAGCAAUUGUGUAGUACUUUUGUAUAAAAAAAUGUAUGUGUGUUAUUCAUAAUUUUGUAUGUAAGAACCAUCUGUUCAUUUUAAGUAAAACCUAUUAAAUAGAUAUUGACAAGCAAGUUUUGAACUUUGAAAUAAAAGAAUGUUUCAAAUCGUUUACUGAAUAAAAACGAAAUAAAAGAUUUUUUUGUAAGUUUCAAUUGUAAGUUUAAAAUUUUGUUGCCUAUUUGGAAUGUAGUAAAUUUUAUAAAACAUGUGAAAAGGACUUGCAUUCUAUUAAAAUAAAAUGUUUAUUUUGCUAAAUAAUUAUAGAAUGUGAAAAAGUUUGUAAAACAUAAGAAAAACAUAUUGAAACCUUUAUAGAAAGAGGUAAAACUAUUUUAAAGAAAUGAAAAGAAAAAUUUUAUUAAGAAAAAGUAAGGUAAAAAGUUAUGAUUUGACACAAGAUAUAAAAAAAGUUUUUAUGCAAUUUUAUUGUAAUGUGGAAGUAAAAGUUUUAUUGUCAAAAGAUGUUAUUUUUUUUUAUAUGUACUGACAAUAAUAUUGAUUUUAAACUAGAAGAAAAGUCAGGAUAAUUGUUAAUUUAAAACCUACAUGUUAAAUAAAUUAUAUAAAUAGAAAA